CCAGACCCGAGGACUUGAUAGCAUCAAGAGGUUUCAGCAACACUUCAAAGUGUUCUGUAGGACCCGACAUAGAGUGGCAGACAUAUGAAAAUAGUGGAGCCAAAGCUAAGAAGUAGGAAAGAGACAGAAGCAAACACAUGAAAGCUGAAAUACUUGACUCACCAGGCAGAGACUGAGAGGGACAAACAUGGCCCAAAUCACUACAGAAGACAUGCCGCGGCUUUUCCCAAGAAUUUCAAUUAAUGAAGUGGACGAGUCGGUUCGCCUCAUAGCAGAGAAGGUUUACGCCUCGGCCCUGAAGGAGGAAGACACCAAAGAUGCUAUGGCACUGUUCACUGUACCAGAAGACUGUCCCAUUGGUCUGCAUGAGAACAGAGAACGGGCGCUGCAGAAGGAGCUGGCUGAGCAACAAUCUGAAGAGUCUGCUAAGAAGAAGAAGAAUUUCAUGUUGAAGCGUUCACAGUCAGUAUCUCUACAGUUACCAGUCAGUGGUGACUGGCCCCCGGCUGUGGCUUCCCCAAUGCUCUCACCAGUAACAGCUGAGCCAGGGAGCUUCCCAGACUUUCAGAGAGUAACCAUCAGCGGAGAUUACUGUGCAGGGAUCACAGUUGAAGAUUAUGAGCAAGCGGCUAAUAGUCUCCACAGGGCACUGAUCAUCAGAGAGAAGUACUCAAAGCUGGCCUACCACCGUUUCCCCAGAACCACUGCCCGAAUCCUCCGCAAUGCCAAAAAUGAGAAGUGGCGGGAGGAAGAUGAAGUCUUGCCAGAAAUCUGGCCUUCCCCUCGUGAAGGGGAGGACCCAUAUUCCAUGGAAGGUAUUCCUGAGGACUUGAACUAUGAGCUGCAGAUGAAGGAUGGCAUAGUUCAUGUUUACGACAAUGCAGAGGCCCUAAAACAACAGCAACUCCACAGCCUCCCUUACCCCGACCUUGAGACGUUUGCCAUAGACCUGAGUCAUGUCCUUGCUAUGAUAGCUGAUGGUCCGACGAAAACGUACUGCCACAGACGGUUGAACUUCUUGGCCUCUAAAUUUUACCUUCAUGAAAUGAUGAAUGAAAUGGCAGAGCUAAAAGAGCUGAAAGGUGUUCCACACAGAGACUUCUACAAUGUUAGAAAGGUGGACACACAUAUACAUGCUGCUGGUUGCAUGAACCAGAAGCACCUGCUGAAAUUUAUCCAGACAACAUACCAAACAGAGGCAGAUCGAGUGGUUUUGGAGAAAGGCAGUCGGAAAAUCACACUCAAGGAAGUCUUCAACAAGCUCCACAUGGACCCAUACGACCUCACCGUCGACUCGCUGGACGUGCACGCUGGAAGACAAACAUUUCACCGGUUUGACAAGUUCAACUCCAAGUACAACCCUGUGGGAGCCAGUGAACUGAGAGAGAUUUACUUGAAAUCAGACAACUACAUCAAGGGAGAAUACUUUGCACGUCUCAUCAAGGAAGUAGCUAAAGAGCUUGAGGAGAGUAAAUACCAGCACGCUGAGCCUCGUCUGUCGAUUUACGGACGCUCUCCCAGUGAGUGGGAGAGCCUGGCGAGCUGGUUCAUCCAACACAAGGUCCACUCACCCAACAUGAGGUGGAUGAUCCAAGUUCCUAGGAUCUAUGACAUUUUCAAGUCAAAGAAAUUAGUACCACACUUCGCCAAGAUGAUGGAAAACAUUUUCCUUCCCCUCUUUGAGGCAACAGUCAAUCCGCAGAAGCACAAAGAAAUACAUGUUUUCUUGAAAUAUGUGACAGGAUUUGACAGUGUGGAUGAUGAGUCCAAACACAGUGACCACAUGUUCUCUUACAAAAGCCCAAAGCCUGAGGCAUGGACCACAGAUGACAACCCUCCAUACACCUACUACCUGUUCUACAUGUACGCCAACAUCAUGGUGCUAAACAACCUGCGCAAGGAGCGAGGACUGAACACCUUCCAGUUUCGUCCCCACUGUGGAGAGGCUGGUUCCAUCACCCACCUGGUCUCCGCCUUUCUCACCGCUGACAACAUCUCCCAUGGACUCAACCUCAAGAAGAGUCCAGUGUUGCAGUACCUGUACUACCUGGCCCAGAUCCCUAUCGCCAUGUCCCCUCUGAGCAACAACAGCCUGUUCCUGCAGUACUCCAAGAAUCCUUUGCGGGAGUUUCUACAAAAAGGCCUGUGUGUGUCUCUGUCCACAGACGACCCCAUGCAGUUCCACUACACCAAGGAGGCCUUGAUGGAGGAGUAUGCCAUCGCAGGACAGUUGUGGAAGCUGAGCACCUGUGAUUUGUGUGAGAUAGCCAGGAACAGUGUGCUGCAGAGCGGCCUCUCACACCAGGAGAAGAAACAUUUCAUUGGUUCCAACUACUUACAGGAUGGACCGGAGGGCAAUGACAUUCGGCGGACAAAUGUGGCACAAAUCCGCAUGGCGUACCGCUAUGAGACUCUGUGCAAUGAGCUCAGUUUUCUAGUGGAUGCAGAGGUUGGCAAUGGCCCAGUUGAGUGACUGAGUUUACCAGCACAAAGUGUACCUGGAUACGUCCAGAACAUAGGUUACACAACAUUUUUUCAUCAUCUUUUAUCAGAUCUGAAAAAGGGGUUUCUUAGGAUUUAACAUUGACUUUUGUGCAGGCAUUUGUGGGGAAUACUUAAUAUAGCAUGAUAAAACUUGAUCUUAAGACUGUAUUCAAUGUUGUGUCUAUGAACUUUGCCAAUCCCAUAAGUGCCUUAUUUUGACUAAGAUAGAAGUUUAUUUCCUUUUGAAGAGAGUAUACAUCUAUUUACAUUUUAGACACAAGAGAGUAAGGCACAGUCACACAUAGGCGGAUGUAGAAGCGAUGAACCUUGUGGUGAAUCUGUGCGAGUUAGGAGGUAAAUAAAACCUAAGCUUCCUGGGCCACAGCAAACACUUUCACUUCGGUGAACCUUGACCUGUGAUACUCGCUUUACAUUUGCAUAUGUGUGACUGUGCCCUGAGGAUGGCCACAUUCAGAGGCAGCAUAUCAUAUUAUUUCCAGAGUUUCCCAAAAUUACAAGUUUGUCGAUUAAAUUAUUUUUUUUUAAACUCAUUAUAAUGUCAGACCUGUAAUCCAUUGCAAAUGUGUAAAAAGAAAGAAUUUCAGGCAGCAGUCAGAUUUGCCUUUUCACAAUUCAUUGAUUAAUUGCAUGCUUUUGUCUGAACUAGAGGCCAGGGAGAUAUUCUCAGAGUGAUCCAGGUGUAACUGAAUUACAACGUCUGUGCGUAACUAGAAAUAUUUUUCUUUGUUUGUCAUUUUUCAUAGAUUUUAAUAUGUAAAAUAAAGAUCUGAACAUAAUAAAAUAACAUUGGCAUAAGUAACCUGACACCUGCUGUUGCCUUAACAUGCCAUUCAGUCUAAGGAGCAUGUAUGAGGUAUCAUCAAAACAUUUCUGCUGUAAUAACAAUUUACUUACCAGUAGUCUCCAGACCGAAGGGGGACCUCUUUCCGAUAUUGUAAGUCCUUAAUGGAGUUAGCUCUAGACUGGACUAGAUCAAAUCCUUCUGAUCAAAAAAUUAGAUAAUAGACAAAAAAUAAUCAGCUGACCAAAAGUUUGUCUGCCACAAGUUUGACAGAAGAACCAUGUUUCAGUUACUGACAAAUUUUAACUUUUGUACUCAAUUAGCAAGUGAAAAGCCCAAUAGUCCAAUUAACAGCAGAUGGUUUUAGUUAGCUUGACUUUAGCAUGCAGAGUAAGUGAAUUAUAAUGGAUUCCUUAAAAAGCAUAAAAGAAGAAUAUUUGAAAUACAAACUGACCUGAGAGGAAGUGAACGUCUGAGCAAACCACAACGUGUGAAUGUCUUUAGGAUGGAACGUGACUAAAAUAACAUACAGCUUCACCCGCCUGCCGAGCGUCACCGACACUCAGCCAUGACAGUGUUUUCAGCAGCAUCAUCUGCAACAUUCAUUAUUGAUGUGACAGUCUGUGCUAUUCUUGAAUUAAAUUAAUAUACUGUAGGCAGUUAAUGAUAUCAUAGAUCCCUACAUUUGAGAACAGGCUACUCUCGCCAAGUCAUUUACUUUUAAUACUAAUACGAAGUGUAUUCAAAUGCAAGUACUAACUUCCCUUUAACUUAUUUGAAUACUUCCUCCA